AUGAGUGCAUGCUUAUUUUCUCAGCACUUUUGGGGAGAAAAACAUUCCGGGUUUGAUGCUAUGUAUCAGAAUUUCAAGUUGUGUUAUCGCACUUCUUCUGAGUUUGCAGAAUUUCUCCGUGAAAGCUAUACGGCAGAAGACAAUUAUUAUAAAACAUUAGUUAAGUUGUCGAAACAAGCAGGAUCGUACAACAAUACUAGUAGUUUCAAGCCAUGUUGGUCUCUCCUCAAGCAAUUAAUUGACCAAAUCUCCCAGGUUCAAUUAGCUAUUGCUCAAGAACGACAAAACCUAUCAAGAGAUGUACAGAAAUAUCUGGAGGAGCAACACAAACGGCAAAAGCUGAUCAAGGAUACAGAAGCUUCCACACAAGAAGUAGUGCAUGCUUUCCAGGUCACUUCUGUACAACUUCAGAAAGCAAAGGAAGCAUAUCAUUCGCGUUAUAAUGAAUAUGAACGUGCUAUGCGUCUGGAGUCUGGUUCUAAUCGAGAUCAAGAAAAGCUGGAAGUCAAGCUUAAGAAAGCUCAGGACGAGUAUAAAUAUUCAGUUGAAAAGUAUAAUAACCUACGCAAUCAGUUUGUGAGCAAAAUGCACAUCUCUUGUGCUCAAUUUGAGGAAAUCGAAGUUGCACAUCUGGAACAAAUGAGAGAAUUUCUGCAUCGAUACGCUUCUGUUUGGUCAUACACUGGUGAUACUUUAAGCAAAUUGCAUAAUCAGUUUGAUCAUGAUUUAACUGAAUUAACGACUGACAGGUUGCUGAAUAUUCUUGUGACUGAAAGAGGCACUGGGACUUCGGAACCACAAGGUGUGCAGUUUGAAGAUGCCGAGGUUGCUGCUGUAUUUUCAUCAAAUGCAAAUGAACGUGCUAACGCAUCAACAACCAACAGUGUUCGUGUUUUAGAUACCUUGUUUGCUCGCGAAACCAGAGCUGCCUCUGCACUUGCAAUUGUGGGUUCCGGUACCAAAGAUAAUGGGGAAUCAAGUCUCAACAGCCUAACAGAUGUCAGAUCAGAUGCAGUCUCUGUAGCUAGCAUUUCCGUAGGUGUUGUGCCGUCGGUAACAAAUAUCUCUGUUUCUGGCAAUGGAACUACAAAACGUCGGGAAGGAUUUUUUCGUCGACGUCGUAAUUCCCUAUCACAAGACUCUACUCCUGCUGUCAGUGACUGUAAUGCAACAGGAUCUUCUGCCUCGGUUAGUGCGGCCAUCGGGACAAGCGCUAACAUCCAGACUAGCGCUAGUAGUAGCCUCAGCGCUUUCACCGUUGUCGCAAGACGUGGGAUUCGUCGAUUAGGGACUCCGUAUUCAAAUGGUAAAGACAAACCAAUAAAGCAAAUGGACAAGUCAGAUACAACUACUUCGAAAAGUGAUGAUUGGAGGACCAGUACACCCGUAGAAUUGCCGAAAGAUGAAGACGGUUAUAACAUCAGACCACCUGAUCCAUGGGGUGAAAACUCUGUAAAUUUGAAUCAUUCUGAGUCUGAUGACUCAGAUUCUGAAGAAGACCUAGGAAAGGAAGCGAACAAAACAUUCCAUGGUUUGAAAGUUAAUAUCCGUCCAGUUGGAGACUUCGCUCCAGGGGUAGCGCUUAAAUAUAACGGGGAUAAAUUAGAAUCUCGUUCAAAGCUUUCAGAGACAACAACAAGUCCCAGAACCACUUGUAAUUCGCAAGUCCCCUUACUUAUCGAUCAUCGUGUCGGAUCGACACUUCGGUCACCACGUUCAAGUGUUUCUUCAUAUCAAAAUAUUUCUACUAUUGCAGGAUCGGAUAGCGUAUCAAAUCAUGACUUGAUUAAUGCACUACCUCUUCCACCACUAUUACCACCCCCUCCUCCACCUCCAUCAGUGUCAUCGUCUAUCGCUGAGACGUUUUCUCCUAAUGGUGCUGGUGGCUCAAUGCGUGCUCGAAAUUUCGGUUUAUCAUCAUUCAAUAAACUCGGUAAAGGUCAUUCAAUAUCAGCAGUGCGUCCACGUGGAUACAGUUGUAAUACAUGGACUAAAAGAGGAAAUUCAAACCAACUAAAUUCUGUACAAUCAUCGGAAACGAAAGAUGACAGUAACAAUACAACUUUCAAUUUAUCAUCUUUUGAUACCCUAUUUACAGUACAGGAAACUAACACUAAAGAUAUUAAUUCAAAUACUAAUAUAAAUAUUAGUAACGACUCCGUUCGAAAAGAUUGUCUUUCAGAUUUUGGAUUUGGUUUUAAAGAUUCUAGUAGUUGUAACAGUUUAGAUGAUAAUUUGCAAAGAAGUCCAUCAUCUGUAAUGAGCGUUAAUUUCUCAUCUGUAAAUAAUGACUGUGAUAAUGAUGUAAACACUUUUCGACGAUGUUCUAGUACAGUACCUAUUUCAACAGAUAAUGAAUUAACCGAUCAAGCUCAUUGGAUGACUUUCGAAACAAAUCCAACUGAAACAAGCGAAUCUUCAGAUCGUUCUUUACCCUGGCCUCCUUUCAACACGAAUAUACAUGGUACUGUAGCUAGUAAAGAAGCUCGAGCUAUUCCUGAGCCUCCAGCACGCCUUCAUAAUCGUUUGAAUAAUAGUUUUAUUAUUGAACAGAGUAUCACGCCUCCUUCUACCCGUCCAAAUAAUUUAUCAAAUCAUACAAUUUGCUUAGCUGCUGCAUUUACAGAGACUUGGCAUGCCAGGUUUUUUAACGGUGGUGGCAGUUCUUUUUCAACUGCAGCAUCUACUUGUCAACCUCCUAUUCAAGCAAUUGAUGGUAGUUUAACGCUUGCAUUUCCGCGUGCAGAUAUAGAACAAAGACUUUUCAAUAAGCUACUCAUCGCCCCUCUUGUCUUUAGAAUUACAAACGCUGAAAGAUUAAGGGAUCUCCAACCUAAACUUUCUGGCUCAUCAAUCAGUGUAUUUUCUGAAAGUACAACUCCUACUACUGAUACACCUGAAUCAAAUUUACUUGAUAAUAUAACAGAUAAAAAAGCAGCACAAAUCAAGAAUGAUAAUAACAAUUAUAGUUCAGAUUAUAUGCUUACUAUUCCUGGCGAUGUACUUUCACGUUAUCUAGCUCCAUCAAUAAUUUCCUAUUCAGAUGAAAACUUAUUUUCCUAUAGUGAUGCAUCCGAUAAGUUAAAUACUUCUUUUACAUCUUCUAAUACACCUACAUAUGUUAAAUUGGAUGUAUUAACCUAUACAGUUGAUGUGAAUGCCGAUGUUCAAGGAUGUUAUCCUAGUCUUACACCUCCAAUACAUUUAUGCACUUAUUGGCGUUGUGAAGCAUUUAGCACAGAUUUUCGUUUGGAUUAUACGGCUCAAUGGCCAACACUAAUUUCUACUAAAGAGUCUGUGAAAAAUACUGGAGAUUUGCGUAUAAAUCUCAUGGUUGAUGGAACUGUCAGUCAUAUGCAAAGUCUCCCAGUUGGUACUUGGCUCCCGGAAGUUAAUCAUGCUACAUGGCGUAUUCCACUUCACAAUGGUAACAUUGAUCGUGAUACAUCAAGAGAUAUCAAUAAUAAUUCAUAUCGAUCCGAAUUCACUUCGAAAUUCGAUGCAACUGGUACUGUUCGAGCGAAAUUCACACUAACCAAUGGUCCAGGCAAACCACAACCUGUUAGUUUACAAUUCUUUCAUGAUGGCUCCUUAGCUAGUGGUGUACAAUUAAUUGUUCUUUCAACCGAUUAUCGUAUGAAUCUAUGUAAAUAUCGUUUGAUUGGUGAUCGGUAUAUAUGUGAUCCACCAACGAAUGUGAAUCGUUUUCAUUCAAAUGCAACGCAUCAAUUAGAACAAAAUAAUAAUACAAAAGGAAAAUUGAACUCUUUAAUUAUUGCUGACAAUAAAAAAUAA